ACUUUUUCAUAGAUGUAAUGAGUUUGAUACUUUGGAAGCAAAACAUCAUUUAGAAAUCAUCUGCAAAUUCCAACAAAAUGACGAUAUUUCCUUGAUCAAGAAGAGAAGUGACUGACUUGGUGCCAAAAGCACCUGCACUGGACCUGUUUUAUUUCGCCUCCCUGAAUUUGAGGAACCAUGGAGAAGUGGUACUUGAUGACAGUAGUGGUCUUAAUAGGACUGACAGUCCGAUGGACAGUCUCCCUUAAUUCUUACUCAGGUGCUGAAAAGCCCCCUAUGUUUGGAGAUUAUGAAGCUCAGAGACACUGGCAAGAAAUUACUUUUAAUUUGCCGAUCAAACAAUGGUAUUUUAACAGCAGUGAUAACAAUUUACAGUAUUGGGGAUUGGAUUACCCCCCUCUUACUGCCUAUCAUAGUCUCCUAUGUGCAUAUGUAGCAGGGUUUAUCAAUCCAGACUGGGUUGCACUCCAUAAAUCACGUGGAUAUGAGAGUCCAGCACAUAAGCUGUUUAUGCGUGCAACAGUUUUAAUUGCUGAUUUGCUGAUUUACAUACCUGCAGUGGUGUUGUACUGUUGUUGUUUAAAAGAAAUCUCAUCUAAGAAAAAGAUUGCUAAUGUGUUAUGCAUCUUGCUGUAUCCAGGCCUUAUUCUUAUUGACCAUGGACAUUUUCAGUAUAAUUCUGUGAGUCUUGGCUUUGCUUUGUGGGGUGUUCUCGGAGUGUGUCAUGACUGGGACCUGUUAGGGUCACUGGCAUUUUGCUUAGCUUUAAAUUAUAAGCAGAUGGAGCUUUACCAUUCCUUGCCAUUUUUUUGCUUUCUACUUGGCAAGUGUUUAAAAAAAGGCCUCAAAGGAAAAGGGCUUGUGCUGCUCGUUAAGCUGGCAUGCACGGUCGCCACUUCCUUCAUCCUCUGUUGGCUGCCAUUCUUCACAGACAAGGAGCAGACCCUGCAGGUUGUCAGGAGACUCUUCCCAGUGGAUCGGGGUCUGUUUGAGGAUAAAGUAGCCAAUGUUUGGUGCAGCUUCAGUGUUUUUCUGAAGAUUAAGGAUAUUUUACCACGUGACAUCCAGAUACUAAUCAGCUUUUGUUUUACAUUUCUGAGUCUGCUUCCUGCAUGUAUAAAAUUAAUGCUUCAGCCCUCUCUCAAAGGAUUCAAAUUUACCCUGGUUGGCUGUGCGCUCUCAUUCUUUCUGUUUUCUUUCCAAGUGCAUGAGAAGUCAAUUCUCUUGGCAUCAUUACCUGUCUGCUUAGUCUUAAAUGAAAUUCCUUUUAUGGCAACUUGGUUUUUACUGGUGUCAACAUUUAGUAUGCUGCCUCUCCUUUUAAAGGAUGGCCUCCUCAUGCCCCUGCUGGUGACAGUGAUGGCCUUCUUCACGGUUUGUGCAACGUGCUUCUCCAUAUUUGAAAAUGUUGGUGAAGAAGAAUUGCAGCUGAAAUCUUUUUCCAUUUUUGUAAGGAGCUAUCUCCCAAGAUUUAAAUUCCUUCCCAGAAUUAUACAGUAUUUGUUUUUUCUCUCAGUAAUCACCAUGGUCCUUCUGACGCUGAUGACCGUCACGCUGGAUCCGCCUCGGAAAUUACCCGACUUAUUUUCUGUAUUGGUGUGUUUUGUGUCCUGCUUGAACUUUCUGUUCUUUUUGGUUUACUUCAACGUCAUAAUCAUGUGGAAUUCGAAAAAUGGAAGAAAUCAAAAGAAAGUAAACUAGCAGUACCCCCGAAUCUGAACCAGUGCUAAAAUUUCAUGUCAACUUUUUGCCAUGAAUGGAAGCUAUCAUUUUGAGAAUGAUGGAAUUAAGGAAAGGAAAUGUGUGAAGUCAUUGAAGACAAAAGUGGGCUUUUACUUCUUAAUAUUACCUGGCCACGAUGGAUUGUAAUUUUAAUAAUAUCCACCUCUAAUCAAGUGAAAAAAUCAGAGGAAAUGUCUUUAAAACCAGUGUUUAUUUAGGGAAUACAUCCUGUGAUAGUGUUUUGGGAAAAAAAAAAAUACCUGGAAAUAGUGUGAGCUAAUUGGGAGAGUUAAGCCAUUUCUCAGAAAGUGCGAAGUCUGGUAUUCAAGCUUCAUCUUCCUGACAUUCUGGAAGGUGAGUAAUGUGCACUUCGCUGAGUUACUCUCAGGGCAUUACACCUGUGGCCUUUUUGUUGUUGUUGGAAAGUCAGAUAUACAGAGAGAAGGAGAUACAGAAAGAUCUCCCAUCCACUAGAGCCAGGAGCUCCGUCUGGGUCUCCCACGCGGGUGCAAAGUCCCGAGGCUUUGGGCCAUCCUUUAAUUGUUUUCCAGGCCACAGGCACGGAGCUAGUUGGAAGUAGAGUAGCCAGGAUACGAACUGAUGUCCACAUGGGAUUCUGGCACAUGCAAGGAAAGGAUUUUAGCCACUAGGCAAUCAUGCCGGGUCUAUUUGUGGCCUUUUUAAAAGAUGAGACGGUAAGGCCCUUUAAAAAAGAUGAUGGUGCUAUGGCACUAUGGGUUAAGCCAGUGCGUGCGCAGCUCUAAGACCCGGCUGAUCCGCUUCCCAUCCAGCUUUACUAAUGUGCCGGGGAAAGAAGUAACAGACGACCCAAGUCCUUGGGCCCCUGUAUGCCUAUGUGAGACCCAGAUGAAGCUCCUGGCUCCUUGCCUUGGUGUAGCCCAUCCCUGGUCAGUGCAACCAUUUGGGGAACAAACCAGGGAUGGAAGGUAUCUCUCUUCCUCUCUGUAACUGUGCCUUUCAAAUAAGUAAAUCAAUAAAUAAAAAGAACUUGAAUUUAAAUUUAUGUUUUAAAUG